AUGGAAUCCUUCAAGGACCGGUUACUACAAGAUACCUCAGACGAGGAAGACGAUUCCCAGCACGGUCAGAAAUCGAAGCACCAAGUAGUCUCGCAAGAAGGAGCAUCAUUUAUUUUUAAACUGAUAUCAGCGUGCUCGAUAUGCUUCAACGCCAUUUUCAUAUGCUCGAUCCUCAUCAUACUAUCUAAAGAUGCUCCACUACCUCUGUCGAAAUAUGUUGGGCUACAAAAGAACGUGCCAUUCUCAUUCUCCCACGGCGACUUCUACACAAGUAGUAACAGAUCCAUCGCGGACGCUGCGUGGAAUGCUCCUAUAGUGCAGUCGUGGACCGGCUUAGUAGCACUAUCAGAAGACUACGUCCAGUCGCACGACCUACUUCCAGCACAACAAUGGCCUUGGGAUGAGAAUAAAAGGAUCUAUAUCCUGAAUGGCUUCCACAAUUUACAUUGCUUAGAUGUUGUCCGUCAGACCGUCCUUCAAGCAUAUGACGGCAAACCACUCGCGAAACCUUUGCCGCAUGUGGUACACUGCCUUGACGCUCUCCGACAGGAGAUCAUGUGUAAUGCGGACGACACUCCACGAUAUACAGGUCGUCUAAAUGAAGAAGCUGGACGAGACCACCCUGUGUCUGGAAUAGGUCAACAGAAGUUGUGUAAUAGUUGGGACAAGCUAUACGAGUUCGCUAUAGAGCACUCGGCAUGUUAUAGGCCUGUGAACAUGAGCGACCCGCAUUUUCCAGAGCUUGAGAGGUUCAAGUUCUGUCCUGAUGGGAAAAGAGUCUGGCCGUAA